AAGUGUCAAUGAAAGCAUCACGGUUCAUCAUCCCCACCACCAUCAUAGCCAGUGUUUAACACAUCCCCAGAAAGGUGUCGCUUUCGGCAGCUAAUUACCCAUUUAACUAAGAUAUUUUGAUACACACUUGUGCUUGACACCCCGGGGGCUUCUGUGGCCAUGAAAGGAAUCAGGUUUUUCGUGGUUUUCUUGGCGCUUUCCGCGUCUUUGCUGUGCACAACCGAGGCGGGCAGGAGCCGGACCAGCAACCAGAACAGCUUCCGACGGGCAGCUAAUGGCAUCUAUCAGACCCUCAGCAGCGUUUUCGGGGAGGACAACAUCCGAGGGCUAUACAAGUUUUUUUCCAAGGCGACGGAGCGCUUCGUCCAUGGAGUGGACUCGUUUCUGGACACCAUCUGGAAGAUCUGGUCAGAUCUGCUCGAUGUGAUGGGCAUCGACUCUUCAAACCUCAGCCACUACUUCAGCCCCACAUCCCUCACCAACUCCCCGGCACGCGCCCUCCUCCUGGUUGCCGCCGUGCUCUUGGCCUACUGGUUCCUGUCCUUGUUCCUGGGGGGCUUCUUUUACCUGCUGCACGCCGUGUUCGGACGCUUCUUCUGGCUGGCGCGCGUCACCCUCUUCGCCCUGUCCUGCCUCUACAUCCUGCAGAAGUUCGAGGGCGACCCCGAGCGCGCCGUGCUGCCGCUGUGCUUCAUCAUGGCCGUGUACUUCAUGACGGGCCCCGUGGGAGCGUACUGGCGCCGGGGCGCGGGCGCAGGUUCGCUGGAAGAGAAGAUCGACCACCUGGACACUCAGAUCCGGCUGCUCAACAUCAGGCUGAGCCGCGUCAUAGACAGCCUGGAGCGCCCCGGGGACCAGUAGACUUACUGUAGGUUGAAGCAGGGAUGGGUUUAGGGGGGUGGAGGGUCGGGGGGUUUAAAACCAGAUGUAUUUGAUAAGAGAAUCCUGUUUCCUACACACAUCUGCAUCAAUACAACUUACUGCUUUUGUCAGAUGAGGACAAAACUAGAUUUGAACACAGUAUUUUACCAACUAGCUACUUCAACAAGUACGGUGUGAACGGUUGACUUGGAGCUUACACAAAUCAACCAAACAUUUCUUUAAUUUUUCUCUCAAAGCUGCGGAAGGCUUUUCUACAUCUCAAAGGUGAGGUUUUUCUAGUAUCUGGUCCUAAUUUGCACCUUCAGAAGCUCCCACACGAAGCAGGUUAAAUUUUCCAGAUGCGUGUGCUCAAUAGAAAAACCUAUUUUAUGGCUUUUUCGUUUGUUUUUAUCCUUGUAAAUAACCCGGGGGCUCAAGACUCAGUUUUGUCCGCAAAGAUCCUUUAUCCCCUUUUUUGAAACUACUGAAGUGGGAAGGGGUGGGGUGUGUGUGUGACGCCGGGGACCGCUACAAAUGUUAUUUCUAAUAUGUAGAACCAUCAAAAUGGGGGAUAGUUGUUCGUGGUAAGAUUUAUUUAUUCCAUCCAUAAGUGUUGAAACCAUGUAGAUCUAGUCUAGUCUCACUGAGUCACUGUUCAGUAGUGACAGUAGUUGACAUCAGGACCUCUUUUUCUUGUCUGAAUGUGAGUGAGUGUGUGUGUGUGUGUGUGUGUGUGUGUGUGUGUGUGUGUGUAGGUGGGGAGGGUUGUGAGCAAAUGCAUCUCAGAGACCUACUUGAAUGUGUGUGUGUGUGUGUGUGUGUGUGUGUGUACAUGUGUUGGGAGGGCGAUCUUUUCAAAAUGGAAAAGCACUGUAUUAAAAAGUCACCAUCAGACUUGGAGAAGAUGCAGAUAGGCAGCAAUAUCUCAGGGACUCAUCCAACGCAUGCGUCGAGGUGAAAUUAGAUAUCAAGUAUCUUAAAAUCACGUCUUGGUGUCUUCGAGUCUCUCCACUGUUCAGAUAUUUUUUCCUCAAUAACUUUUAAUUGAUGUUUUUGAAUUGUAUGGAAACUGUAGAGGUUGUCUUACACAGACAAACUUUUAUCUCAUUACUUAAUAAUUAGCACUGAAUCAUUGUAGGGAUCUGAACCGUCUUAACAUCCAAAUGUGUGAAGCAGCAUAUCCACAAAAGUUGUUGUUGGAGUCACAUGGCACACAAAUGCAUGUUUAGGAGUUUUAGUCGGAUAUGAAUGGGAUCAUUUUCUCUGUGUGUAAAAUGAAAGGGAAGUCGUCAAGAAAAGUCAAACAAGUUUAAAUGAGGUCUAGUGCCUUUGAUCAUGUAGAAAGAAGAGCGUUAUUAGAUUUUUUUUUUUUUUUCCUGCUCGCAUGCGAUUGCUUCUCUUACCAGUAUUUUAAUGGUAAUUUACAACCAGCCUGAUUGAUUCAUGCAGUAUAACGUUGAGCUACGACAGUGCUUUAGGAUGAUUCUAAGUGCAUCACUGUAGCCCUCAUUAGUGUGAUAGGUCUUAUUAUGGGUUUGUUAUUUAUGCCAUUGUUUUCCAUGUGUUUGAAAAUGUCAAAUCAUCCUCUGCCUGUGUCCUUACCCUCUGUGUAAAUUCAACUUAAUGAAUGGCGUAAACACAUUUUUUUGUGGAAAUUACGAACUUAUCGACGGUCACAUGACUCCAACAUUGAUUCGUGAUGAUACUAAAUCCAAGUACAAGGCCUUUACACUCAUACCCUCAGCGACUACCAGUAUGUGUGGUCAUUUUCUGUUGUUGUUUCAGUAAGAGUGCAACAAUAACAUUAUUGGAAACUAGUUUGACUAGUCCCAGCACAGCCUUAUUAUUACAAAUGGAUUUUCAUGUGUCUAGUAAAGAGUCAUCAGACCCGUCCUUGUGCAACUUUAUCAUGGAAUAGUAACUCAGUGUAUUAGAUUUGGAUUUGACUUGAUUGCUUGUGAAUACCCUCCCCUAAAAAAAAAAAAAAGAAGAAGAAGAUUCAAUGUAAUCUGGGACUUUCUUGCAUGCUCUGCUUUUAUACUUUGUUGGUGCUGCCUAAGUAGACUGUCUUUACUACAGAAUGUGAUGUGGGAUGUGACAAAGUAGCCAGAAGUUGAGUUUUGUUUUGUAUGUACCAUUCCUAAACUGUGUUGACCAAUUUAAAACACUUGCAAGUAUCGGCAUUACUAGACUAGACGGCACUCUCAUACCAUCAUCACUUUGUGGGCACAUUUUAAAGUACAUGAAAUAAAAUGGUUCUUAAUUCAGAGCGGUGCAGCUGACUGGGGUGAGGGGCUGAUCUCGGUGUACGAUUAGCGCAACAGUCUUAAUCCGAUGAUACGUGUACGUUUAUUAAUAUUUGAAGGUGUUCAGUGAGUAACAGUAAUCGUGUGGGUGUUGUCGAAGGAAGGUGUUUACACCUGAUCGUUGUGUGAUACUGUAGUUGGUUUGCUUCAGGAUUGCUAAAGAUUGAAGAUCGGGAGGAGAGUGUGAAUCAGAUCUGAACGCUGAACGUUUCUCUUCAAAUGGCACAUAAGUUUCUCUGAGAUCUUGAAAACACUCAAAGGGAUCCGAGAUGGAGGCCUUUCCCUUCCUGUAAGAAGUCGAGGAAGAGACAGUGAAUACAGUCUAGCUGUAGGUCUGUUCAUGUACCACUUUUAUACAGAUAUCAGUGGAUCCUUCUCAGCAUUAGACUGAAUGCUACCUUCAGAUUCUAUUUAUGUGUUUAAAGUGUCUUCUGAAGGACUUGAAUUCAUUCAUUUAAUGAACUGUAUCCUGUCUAUUUCUAUUCCGUGUAGCCUGCUUUUUAUAAUAUGCCGUGCCAAUGUAUGUUUUCUUUUCUCUGUUGUUGCUUUAGGUCAUUUAUCCGUAACUUAUUUUUUUGGUAAAUGAAGAUGGAUUUUCUUUACUAUUUUAUUUUACCAGUUAUUUUGUCUGAGUAUUUCUGUACUUUUUUUUUCCUGUGAUGUGGCAAGAGCCAAACUGUUCUGCCUGCUGUUUUCCACUUUGUGUUUGAGUGUGUGUCUUUAUGAGAACCUCUUAGUGAGGGAACUGGUUCUUUUUUUGUGUCAGAGUGAAAAUGAGGUCCAGAUUUGAAUACAUUAAACACCACAGUAUGACCGAAUGUACUGGUUCAUAAAUUU